GUUGAGAGGAGAGCUAGCCGCGGUCGCCGCGGCGGGUCCAGAGUCCCGGGGACUAAGACGCCUGAGAGGUGCUGCCAGGAAAGGCAGAGAGCAAGACGGAGAAGGCAGAACGGAGGAGCGGCGGCUCCACGCUUCGGACUCCAGGUUGAAAUGAGUUCUCAACAGUUUCCUCGUUCAGGAGCCCCUUCUGCAGGGCUCGGCCAAGCUCCUUCACAGAUUUCCAACAGUGCAUCUACAGGGCUGAUAAACCCAACAGCCACAGUUAACGAUGAAUCUAAUCGAGAUUCAGAAAUCACACCCAGGGAGCACCUGGGCUCCAGUAGUUCUCUACAGUCUCGUGAAGAAAAGCAAGAGCCAGUUGUGGUGCGACCUUAUCCACAGGUCCAAAUGUUGCCUCCCCACCAUGCAGUGCCCUCUGGGGCUCCGGUCACCGUCGCAGCCCCACCAGCAGCACAUCUGACUCCAGCAGUACCACUUUCAUUUUCAGAGGGACUUAUGAAGCCACCUCUGAAGCCCACCAUGCCGAGCCGUCCCAUUGCUCCUGCUCCACCUUCUACUCUGUCACUCCCUCCCAAGGUCCCAGGGCAAGUGACUGUGACUAUGGAGAGUAGCAUCCCUCAAGCUUCAGCCAUUCCUGUGGCAACAAUCAGUGGACAACAGGGACACCCCAGCAAUUUGCAUCAUAUUAUGACAACAAAUGUACAGAUGUCCAUUAUUCGCAGUAGUGCUCCUGGGCCCCCUCUUCACAUUGGAGCUUCUCAUUUACCUCGAGGUGCAGCUGCUGCUGCUGUGAUGUCCAGUUCUAAGGUAACCACAGUCCUGAGGCCAACUUCACAGUUGCCAAAUGCAGCUACAGCUCAGCCAGCAGUGCAGCACAUCAUUCAUCAGCCAAUCCAGUCUCGUCCCCCAGUGACCACCUCAAAUACUAUCCCUCCUGCUGUGGUAGCAACUGUUUCAGCCACCAGAGCUCAGUCUCCAGUCAUUACAACAACAGCAGCUCAUGCUACUGAUUCAACCCUUAGUCGGCCAACCUUGUCUAUCCAGCACCCACCUUCUGCAGCAAUUAGUAUUCAGCGUCCUGCACAAUCAAGGGACGCAACAACCAGAAUCACAUUACCAUCACAUCCAGCUAUCGGCACACCAAAACAGCAGCUUCAUACCAUGGCUCAGAAGACUAUCUUCAGUAGUGGUACACCAGUAGCAGCAGCAACUGUGGCACCCAUUUUGGCCACCAACACCAUUCCCUCAGCAACUACAGCUGGAUCUGUGUCACACACACAAGCACCCACUAGUACAAUUGUCACCAUGACCAUGCCCUCUCAUUCGUCUCAUGCUACUGCAGUGACCACUUCAAAUAUUCCAGUUGCUAAGGUAGUCCCUCAGCAGAUCACACACACUUCUCCCCGGAUCCAGCCAGAUUAUCCAACGGAGAGGAGUAGCCUUAUCCCUAUACCUGGACAUCGGGCCUCUCCAAAUCCUGUUGCAAUGGAAACCAGAAAUGACAACAGGCAAUCUGUUCCUGUCCAGUUCCAAUACUUUUUGCCAACAUACCCACCCUCUGCGUAUCCUUUGACUGCACACACAUAUACCCCCAUCACAAGUUCAGUGUCUACUAUCCGACAAUAUCCAGUUUCAGCUCAGGCACCGAACUCUGCCAUCACAGCUCAGACAGGCGUUGGGGUGGCCUCUACAGUGCACCUAAAUCCCAUGCAACUGAUGACAGUCGAUGCAUCUCAUGCUCGUCAUAUCCAAGGCAUCCAGCCAGCACCUAUCAAUACACAAGGGAUCCAGCCUGCACCAAUUGGAACACAGGGAAUCCAGCCAGCACCAAUCGGAACACAGGGGAUCCACUCAGCAACACCAAUCAAUACACAAGGACUUCAGCCUGCACCAAUAGGUGCUCAGCAACCUCAGAGUGAAACUAAGACUUCAGCAGUGGUGUUGGCAGAUGGAGCCACAAUUGUAGCCAAUCCUAUUAGCAAUACAUUUAAUGCCACUCCAGCAGCUACCACCGUGGUGCAGACCCACAGCCAGAGUGCCAGCACGAGCGCGCCAGCCCAAGGCUCGUCCCCUCGGCCAAGCAUCCUCCGAAAGAAGCCAGCCACCGAUGGAAUGGCAGUCCGGAAGAGCCUCAUUCCUCCUCAGCCACCUGAAGUCACUAGUCCUCGAGUAGAAAGCUCCAUAAGGAGUACAUCUGGGUCACCCAGACCUUCGGGUGCCAAACCUAAGCCAGAAAUCCAUGUAUCUAUGGCCACACCAGUCACUAUGUCUGUGGAGGCUGUGUCCAAUCAGAGUAGUGAUCAGCCCACCAUUGCUGUGCAGCCCACCUCUCAACAGCCACCACCUGCCAUCCCAACUAUCAUUGCAGCAACCAGUCCCCCCUCACAACCAUCAGUAGCCCUGUCAACAAUUCCGGGAGCAGUUCCUGUCACGCCACCCAUCACCACUAUUGCAGCUGCUCCUCCUGCAUCAUCAGCGGUGGGUGGCAGCCUUUCCACUGUAAUGGGGCCCGCGGUGCCAGAGAUAAAAAUUAAAGAAGAAGUAGAACCUAUGGAUAUAAUGCGUCCUGUUUCUGCAGUUCCUCCAUUAACAACCAACACUGUGUCUCCCUCUCUUGCACUGCUGGCCAACAACCUGUCGAUGCCUGCAAGUGAUUUGCCACCUGGUGCCUCUCCAAGGAAAAAACCACGAAAGCAACAGCAUGUGAUUUCAACAGAGGAAGGUGACAUGAUGGAGACAAAUAGUACUGAUGAUGAAAAGUCUACUCCUAAGAGUUUGCUAGUAAAGGCUGAGAAACGCAAGUCUCCUCCCAAGGAAUAUAUAGAUGAAGAAGGUGUGAGGUAUGUCCCUGUACGUCCAAGACCUCCCAUUACUCUACUCCGACAUUACCGGAACCCCUGGAAAGCUGCUUAUCAUCACUUCCAGAGGUACAGUGAUGUCAGAGUCAAAGAGGAGAAGAAAGCCAUGCUGCAAGAAAUAGCCAAUCAGAAAGGAGUAUCUUGCCGAGCCCAAGGUUGGAAAGUUCAUCUCUGUGCUGCCCAGUUGCUACAGUUGACAAAUCUGGAGCAUGAUGUUUAUGAACGACUCACCACUUUACAGGAAGGUAUUAUCCCUAAGAAAAAGGCAGCAACUGAUGAUGAUCUACACCGAAUAAAUGAACUGAUACAGGGAAAUAUGCAGAGAUGUAAACUGGUGAUGGAUCAAAUUAGUGAAGCCAGAGACUCCAUGCUCAAGGUUUUAGAUCACAAGGAACGAGUCCUAAAACUUCUAAACAAGAACGGAACUGUCAAGAAAGUGUCGAAAUUAAAGAGGAAGGAAAAAGUCUAGACUAAGGGGAAGCAGGACUCUGUGGAGAAUGGUGUUGGGGGUUUUGAUUUUUUGUUUUGUUUUGUUUUUUUCCAAAAUGGAAAAUUAAAAUAAAGGAAGAUAUCCAGAGUACACAAAAGACAGCCGAAGGGACCCACAGCGCCCAGUGACUAAAAAGGAUCGUUGUCGACCUGGCAUAAUGAACCAAAAACUUAAUUUCAGCCUUGUCCCUUUUAAACUUGCUUUGUGAUCAUAUUUGUUUAUAGCCCUCUGAUGUGUCAGUGCUUACUAAUUGGAAUUAGUGACACAGCUGGGUGGCAGGCAUUUCUCAGCCUUCCAUUUUACAAACUCUAUUUACCCAGUGGAUUCCUACAGGAAAUGUACAGAUCCUGGACUGAAAACAUCCACUUGGACCAUCUGAUAUAUCUGUCUCCACAAGAACAUGAAACCUCUUCCAGUCCUCCCAGUCAGUUCUUGUUUCUGACCUUCCACGUCCAAACUAGCCUUUUACAGCCAGUGCCAUGCCACUGAGGGAGCUGCCACAUUUCAAAUUUUAAGUGGUUUUGAACUUCUAGCUCUUGUUAUUUUUUAAAAGAACCAUUUCAAAGUGAUUUUGUGGUAUUGUUUGUCCUGUGUGUGUCCAAGUUGGUUUUUUUGUGGUGGUUCAGGGCAGGCAACACCAUUGGUGCUCUGGGAUCCUUGUUUUGAAGUACAUCCUCGAGACAGUACUUCUUGUAGCUGGUGUGAUGCUGUUAAUUGUAUGUACUCCAUACAUCUCCAAACAUUAAUAAAGGACUCAGUGAGGUUUUUGUA